AGCUCCCAACGGCUCGGGUGGGGCUGGGGCCCGCCGCGGGCGCGGGCCCGCGGGGGCCCGCGGCUCGGGGGCGCUUGUGGGAUGGCGGGCUGCGCCUGGGGCUGACGGACGUGAAGGACUGCUUCCACAGGUCCCCGCCUUCGUGCUGGGCGUCGAGGGCUGUCGCUGGGGGGGUCGGCCGCUGGCUCGUCAUGAUCUGGCGAGCCCCUGCUGUGGGGUCAUCCCCAUGGGUUUGACGAGAGCGUGGUGAUGACGGUCUGCCCCGAGCUCCGCCCCGAACGACCGCGCCCGCCCCCGAUCUUCGACCUGAGGCUGGGCGGGGCCGAGGCCGCGCACUGCGCUUACACGGGCAACUUCGGCGUGGCCUCGGCCUCCAGGCCCGCGGUGACGGACGCGAUCGGCCAGCUUGUGGAGGGCUUCGGCGCCAGUGGCCUGCUGCCCCACGAGAACUCUGCGGGCGCCGAGGCCGAGGCGCUGGGGGCCGAGGUGCCGCGCUCGCGCUGGAGGGCCAGGGUCACCCAGAAGCGCUUGUGGCUGUCCGCCGGGCCCUGUUCAAGCGAUCGCAAACGUGGAUCCAGGCGGUGUGGAUUAGCGACGGGUCCCGUUUCCACGGGAAAUCGCGGAUUUCCGCCGCUGAGCGAGGCGGCGCCGACCGCAUUUGGAGAGGGCACCUCCCCCCCGAUCCAUGCAUGUGGCGACCGCGCGCCACAUCCAUGGAUCGCUAGUGUAUGUUUUCGCGCCCCCGACUUGUCAGGGCCGCCGCGGCGCCGGCGCCUCGCGGGCCAGGCUGCGGAGGCCCUCGUCUGCCAUUGCGCGUUUGCCGGGCUGCUGGCGCGCUGGGCCCUCGGCGCGCUCCGCGCCGUGCGUGCUUGCAGCCGCAAGUCCUGCGCGGGGGCCCGCCGCCUCGUGGCCCGAUGCCCGCGGGCGGCGGGAGACGCUCCGCCGGUCGCUGCUCGUCCUGGAGAGCGACUGGGCUCACCGCCCACCAGACCACCCCAACCCAACCCGACCCGAAGGCCCC